GGUAAAACUGAACAUAGCCCGCAGAGCCUCAGAGUUCCUCCACAGGUAGAUAAGUAGUUCAUUCUUUCUCGUCCUUGCCGAGGUGGAAGAGGGCUAAAGUCUCACUAGCAGCUGGUGCUGUUACUAUUGCUGCCGCUGCUGCAGUACGCCAGAACUGAGACAACAACAUCAUGGAGAUGAGCAGUCUUGUGUUGCUGUUCGUGGCAUUGCUGCCGACCACCCAUGCUUUCAGUCUGGAUGCUACGACAGCAACCAAAUUCAGUUCUGGCGCUCCGAAUGGCAACUUCGGAUCGUCAGUCUCCUUCCAUAGCAAUGGAGUGGAAAAGAUGCUGCUAGUCGGCGCGCCCGACGAAUCUUACGCAAACGCACAGUGGAAUACGGACAUGACUCUGAACAAGACUGGAGUAUUGUACAAGUGCUCUUGGACAGCCAGUUCAGGGUCACAGACAUGUACCCAGUUGCAAGUGGACACCACCGCUCCACGAGUUGGAUUUGUCUCUGAAAUCAAGACCAACAUGAGGCUGGGUGUGUCUGUUCUCAGUCUUGGACCUGACAACACUGUGCUGGUUUGUGCUAGUCGUUAUGGUAUGAGCCUGCCGUGUCUGCCUGCCAAAACCACCCAGUUUCAAAGCGGCACUUGCUUUGGGAACGCCAACCUUACUCUCCUGUACAACAACGUUGGCAAAUGUGUAAUCCUGCCGAGCAACCUUCAGCUGAACGGAACGCCUCACGACUAUGCACCGGAACUUGUCACAUCAGUCUCACCCGAGCUUGAAGAUUUCUUUGCGAGGGUAUAUAUCAGCUCGGAUUAUCAGAAACAAAUUGGCUGGGGAGGUGGCAACACUGCCUCCAUGGGACUCACACUCUCUGCACGGCCAAAGGAUCUAAGCAAGCGCUUCCCGCUCGAUGUAGUCAACUUCCAUUCUCCGAAUUUUCUGUAUGGCAGAGGGCGAGUGAUACACACGGACAUGAGCACCGGUGUACCGACAAACGUCACUCAGAAAACCUUCAUUUCAUUUCCCAAUGCCGAUGCUGCUGCAGGCAUAUCAACGGCAGAGGGCAAUUUUAGCGGGAACGCAAUCCGAGUGGCUGUGGCUCGGCCCUUUCUAUCCUGGACUACGAAUAUCUACUGCAGUUCAAACUGUGGAGAUGCAAUGCAGGGAGAUGUAUGGAUUAUGGACAAAGAGGUCGGAAUGGCAGAUUUUCUUAAUGCCAACUUUCGAUCAGCAGCACUAGCUGUGUUGAGAAAUCACCAGUUUGCGGAGGGAUUCGGCUUGUCAAUGAUUGCUCUUGAUACAAACAACGAUGGAAUCUCGGAGUUACUGGUUGGUGCACCAUAUUACAUGGACUACAGUAGGUCAAAUGAAGCUAACGCUUACGAUUUUGGUCGUGUCUACGUCUACUCCGGCAGACUGCACGCGUUUUUGCAAGGUCGUUCUCCCGGCCUAGAAUUGGGCUUCAACAACGACGAUUUAAAUUUCUUGAAAGAAUCUGAUCUUGUAUUUGCUGGCGAGCCAGGUGCCCGGUUUGGCUUUGCAAUGGCAUCAGUUGGUGAUGUAGAUCGUGAUGGUUACUCUGAUGUAGCCAUCGGAGCUCCUGGUGAGACAGUGAAUGGUGUGUUUGGAGUAGGUGCGGUAUACCUCUAUCUCGGAUCAGCUAUUGGUUUAGAACGGAAAGCUGCACAGCGUAUUGUACCAACAACUACCGCAUCCAGAUCAUUUGGAUACUCGCUAUCCUAUGGAUGGGAUAUUGACUCCAAUGGCUAUAACGAUAUUGGUGUCGGUGCUGCUCUCUCAUCUGAUGCCUACAUCUACCGGUCUCGACCCGUCAUCUCCGUGACUUUGGAGCUGAAGAGCAUUCCGGCAUUGGACGCUACCAACCGUACUUGCUUCGUUCCGGCUAUCAAUGCUUGGCGUGCAUGUUUUGACAUUGACGUUUGUGGCAGAUAUUCCCGUCCUAUCCUAGCCACCAGAGUCGUGCUUCAGUACACACUGUCUGUGGGCAGUGAGUUCUUUGAAAUCAUCGUUGGCAGCACAACGCUAUCAGAGAUCACGUCUCAAGUGACUGUGAACAACCCGGACACAGACCGAUGCCAGACACAAACUGUGUUCGUCAAGACAACUAUUCCUAAUCUUUGUCAGCCGGCUAAUAUCUCCCUAACCAAGUGGAAUCUUGUGGAUCGUACAAGUACGCCCGCAGAUCUAGCACCUGUUCUAAUCCGCAAUCAUCCAGUUCUUGUGCCGAUAGUGCAUAACAUCAACCUAGUACCGCUCUGCUUUAGUUGCAAACCAGAUCUGGUCACCUCAUUUCCAGCUUUGCACCUAUCAGUGGUUAGCGGAGAGGCAUCCACCGCUCAGGUUGCACUUAGUGUGCAGAACAUUGGCAACCAGCCGUCUUGCUCCGCCGCCGUAGAGCUGAACUUGACAACGGCUGGUCUUGUGUUCAGUGCUGUUGACGAGGAGCAAUGGCUGUGCAGUGCGCGUGGUCUAAGUGUGCUGCGCUGCCAGCCGACGGCUAAGAACCGACACUACGGCGCUAUUGGACCAGGAGGAACAGCAACUAUAAUGGCAACUGUGCGUUCACCGAAAACACCGUACGCAUCUAACGUGUUCUCAUUCCCCGUUGUGGGUUCUGCAUUCAGUGGCAAUAUAGAGAGAACAUCCAUCAACAACCCGUCUAACAGAAACAUUGAUGUGCGGAGAACGUCAACCCUGGGAAUUAGCAUCUCUGAUGAACUGUCACGUGCUGUAACACUGACGAACAAUCUCAUCAACCCUCCAUUGCCGUCAAAGACUGCCGACCUGCCUUUAGAGCUCUCCACAGUUUUCCAGUUGCGUAAUGCUGGACCAAGUGCAACAUCUUCCACGGAUAUAGCCAUUCAGUAUCCAAUUGAAGCAGUGAAGUCCACUGAACUGGAAAAGACCCUGUAUUAUCUGACCAGAUUGGAGGCAUCAGUCAGUAAUGUUGCGUGCAAUGCGUCAGGCCUCAUCAAUGUCAAGAAGUUUGAUUUGUCUGCACAGUCUUCAAUCAAUUCGACUCUGGUAUCCUAUCCCGUGAAUGCACUCACUGGAGGCAGUACUCACACACCAGCAACUGCCUAUAAGGAAUGUAGCAGUACUGUGUGUCAAGUGCCGAUUAUGUGCAUAAUCCCGCCACAAAACAAGGAUGCUAAUACCCAUAUUACGAUGACUUGGAGCGUCUACUCUAACAACGUCCAAAAGCUGUUGGAGUCCAAUGGUAAAGUGAGCCUGGCAGUGUCUGCAAGGAUCCUCAACACAACACUGCCACGAGGAUAUUCUGCCACUUUCUCGCCAGAGCCUUCGAGUAGGGCAACUGAGUACAGUUUGCCGGAAGAACAGGCAACGGCCAGUGCAAACUCUGGUGUAAUCAUCGGCGUUGUGAUUGGUUGCCUGGUGCUCAUCGCUAUUAUCUUUGUCGUUCUCUACAUGCUUGGCUUCUUUAAACGCAAGAAGCCGGAAGAAAUGGCACAGGCUGAUGGGGCAAUGGCUUGGCGCAGCGCAGCUCCCGAUCAGGUUACUUCAAAGGCCCAUGAAGCAACUGCGGAAGAUGAAGAUGAUGCCGAGAUCUAGCGCAAAGAAGCAGCUGCUGGAAAUUUCCUUGUAGAGAGAGAGAAAGAGGAAGUCCACAUAUUAGAUCUCUCUAAGAAUAACUAAUCUGAUCUAUGAUAACUGAAGUCACUUGGUCAAGUCACAUGGAUACUACUGACAGCCUGCACAGUGACCAGCUAGUUAACACUUGUGUGUGUUGGUGGUGGUACCUGUGCAGUGGCUUGAUCAGGUGUGACGUUUAACUUGAUAUAAGCAGUACUCACAUGAUCACCUUGAGCUGCAAUCAUGCAUACCUUUUGACUGUUGUACAUACACGUGCACGAUGUAGUGUGACGUUUCAAGUGUAUAUGGAAAGGUACUACUUCCAGGGGAAUCCCCUUUGGAAAGGUGCAAAACUGUUUAGUCUCUCACUGCUGUAAUAACCCAUCACUAGAGUCGUCGCCGUCCUGUGUGCAUCAGACGCUAUCAUACGCUGGCUGAUAACUAGAAUACUGUACUUGAGACCUGAGCUGUGGGCAGUUCUUGCCUAUGUUGCUUGUGUGUUUCCCCGGUAACCAUAGCUGGGACCUAUAACUGCAUGGCUGUAUAGUCUGUAGUCUAUACAGUGUACAGUGUACAUUACAUUUUCAUUUCACCGGCUAUGUCUAUUAUUACCAAGCUUUCCUCGUGCCUCUUAUUCUUAUUGUCGUCGGUGGUGUUGUUGUUGUUUGAAUUCUUUAUUCUCACGAUUGUUGUUGCUGUCGUCUUCAUCUUUGUUGUGUAUUUUUACAAUAAUAUUGUGACAAUAUUAUUAUUAUACGGUGUUGCAUUGCACAGUGUACACUGCUGAGUUGUAGCAUUGCAAUUUCAAGCCAUGCUGGUGCUUAA